AUGCAUGACCUCACAGGUUCCUGGUUGCUAAACAAAACCUUAUCCGACUCGCUCGACCCCGCCUUCGUCUUCCAAGGCAUCCCAUGGAUAAUCCGCAAAGUAAUCAGCCUUGCCACGCUAUCCAUGAAAAUCGCCCACUCGGUCGACGAAGCCGGCAUCCCAACCAUGAUCUUCACCCAAGCCGCCUCCGUCGCAAUCGCCGGACUGAGCGAAGAGACGGAGACGCGAUGGCUAGACGGACGAGAAAAACUCCAUUCUUCGUCCUUGUUCGGCACAUCUUCUGCUCGGACUCGGAUGAUCUGUCUUGAUACUGCUACAGGGUAUGAUGGGAAACCGCUGGACGCGGAGUUGACGAAGGAUUCUCUACGGGAGGGGAAGAAGGGCGAGGAGGAACAUCUGUUUGAUCUUGUUGUGCAUCAGACUAAGGGGUGGGUUAUGGAACAGAUAUGGGGGUUUGGUAUGCUGAAUGGAGAGAGGAGGCUUUUGAGGGUUAUGGGACUGAAGAAAGGGGGUCAGGCGGUUUAUUGCAUGGCUUGGUAUGAUUGGAAGGGGAGAGAUGGUGGUAAUUGA